GCUCCAGUCGCUCGCUGAGGUCUCGGCGCCGCUCCCCGGCCAGUGUCGCGCUGGUCCCGAGCCCCGGGCCGCCAGGUCCCUGACCCUUCGCCCCCAGGGUUCGAUUCCUGAGAUGCCUCGCGCCCGCAGGGGGCACGCUCCCCGUAAGGGCGGCCAGCGCCGCCGCGGCGGCGGUGCCCGGGGCAGUGCCCAAGCCGACUCAGGGUCCAGCGAGGAUGAGGCAGCCAGUGAGGCCCGCAGCACCACCAGCGAGUGCCCCAGCGUCCUCAGUGCCCCUGCAGAGGAUGGCCCCGGGGGCGAUGGCAUGGAGGAGCAGGCCCAGCAGGAAGACCUGGAGGAGAAGAUGAAGGAGUAUGUGGACUGCCUCACGGAUAAGAGUGCCAAGACCCGGCAAGGGGCCCUGGAGAGCCUGCGCGGGGCCCUGGCUUCUCACCUGCACCCCGACUUCCUGCAGGAGCGCUGCCUCACCCUGGCGGAUGCCCUGGAAAAGUGCCUCAAGAGAGGGAAGGGUGAAGAGCAGGCCCUGGCUGCGGCUGUGGGAGGCCUGCUCUGCGUGCAGCUGGGUCCUGGGCCCAAGGGUGAGAUGCUGUUCCGCAGCUUGCAGCCCUCGCUGCUGUCCCUGCUCAGCGACAACACAGCCAGCCCCUCGGCCCGGCUCCACUGCGCGUCUUCUCUCGGCCUGGGCUGCUAUGUGGCUGCUGCCGACAUCCAGGACCUGUUCUCCUGCCUUAAUUGCUUAGAAAGUAUUUUCAGCUGGGCCUGUGCCAUGCGUGGCUGCCCGGCUCCCGUGGCACCUGCUGGGCAGCAUGGGCUGCUGUGUGCCGCCCUGCAGGCCUGGGCCUUGCUCCUCACCAUCCUCCCCAGCACCCACAUCAGCCACGUCCUUGACAGGCAGCUGCCCCGGCUGCCCCAGCUCCUGUCCAGCGACAGCGUGAGCCUGCGGAUCGCGGCCGGUGAGACCAUCGCCUUGCUCUUCGAGCUUGCCCGGGACCUGGAGGUGCAGGAGGCCGGGGAGGACUUCAUGUAUGAGGACAUGGAGGCUCUGGGCAGUGCUCUCCGAAUGCUGGCCACCGACAGCAACAAGUACCGGGCCAAGGCCGACCGCCGUCGCCAGCGCUCCACGUUCCGCGCCGUGCUGCACUUCCUGGAGGGCGGCGAGUGCGAGGAGGAGACCGUGCGGUUUGGCCUGGAGGCGCUCUACGUGGACAGCUGGGCCCGGCGCAGGGUCUACGCUGCCUUCAAGGCUGCGCUGGGCUCCGGCAUGCACCACCACCUGCAGAACAACGAGCUCCUCCGUGACAUCUUUGGCCUGGGCCCCGUGCUGGUUCUGGACGCCACCGCCCUCAAGGCCUGCAAGAUUUCGCGCUUUGAGAAGCACCUGUACAACGCCGCCGCCUUCAAAGCCCGGACCAAGGCCCGCAGCCGUGUGCGCGACAAGCGGGCUGACGUGCUGUGAGGCGCAGCCGUGGAGGAGGCCCCCUCGCGCCCUUGCUGUGUUUUUAACAGAAGACAGUGCAACCACUGGCCCCCACCAGUAACU